GAAGAUGGCGGCGGCGCGGCGGGCGCAGCUGGUGCUGGGGCACUUGGCCGGGGCCGCGCCGGGUCCGGGGGUCUCCCCCAGGGCCGUGCCCUGCGCCGGGGGUCCCCCGCGGGCCAACAGCCCCGACGACGUGGUGGUGGUGCACGGCCGCAGGACAGCCAUCGGCCGCGCCCGCCGCGGCGGCUUCAAGGACACAACACCUGAUGAGCUGUUGGCUGCUGUGAUGACAGCUGUCCUUCAGGAUGUCAACCUCCGUCCUGAGGUCCUGGGAGACAUCUGUGUGGGGAAUGUGCUGCAGCCUGGAGCCGGCGCCUUGAUUGCAAGAGUUGCACAGUUUCUAAGUGGUAUUCCAGAGACCGUGCCAUGCUCCAGUGUGAACCGGCAGUGCUCCUCUGGGCUCCAGGCCAUUAUCAACAUAGCUGGUGGCAUCCGAAAUGGAUCGUAUGACAUUGGCUUGGCCUGUGGCGUGGAAACAAUGUCCCUCAGAAGUGCAAAUAACCCUGGUGAUAUCAGUUCCAACAUGAUGGAUAACCCCAAAGCUCGAGAUUGCCUUAUUCCUAUGGGAAUAACCUCAGAAAAUGUGGCAGAGAAGUUUGGGGUUUCCCGGAAGAAGCAAGAUGCCUUUGCCUUGGCUUCCCAACAAAAAGCAGCAAAAGCUCAGCAGAUGGGACUGUUUAAAACCGAGAUUGUCCCGGUGAAGACCACUGUUGUAGAUAAUGAGGGCAACAAAAAAACAAUCACUGUGCACCAAGAUGAAGGGAUCAGGCCCUCCACGACGCUGGAAGGCUUGGCAAAGCUAAAACCUGCCUUCAAAGAAGAUGGAAGCACUACAGCAGGGAAUGCCAGCCAGGUCAGCGAUGGAGCAGCUGCAGUUCUCCUGGCAAAACGCUCCAAGGCAGCGCAGCUGGGACUGCCGGUGCUGGGGGUGCUGAGGUCCUUUGCUGUGGUGGGGGUCCCACCCGACGUGAUGGGCAUCGGGCCGGCCUAUGCCAUCCCUGUUGCUGUGGAAAAAGCAGGUCUGACUCUGAAUGACAUUGAUAUAUAUGAAAUUAAUGAAGCCUUUGCAAGCCAGGCUGUGUACUGUGUUGAAAAGCUGGGCAUUCCCAUGGAGAAGGUGAACCCCCUGGGAGGAGCCAUAGCACUGGGACACCCCCUGGGCUGUACCGGUGCUCGGCAGGUCGUCACUUUGCUCAACGAACUGAAGCGCAGAGGGAAGAGAGCCUAUGGAGUCGUGUCCAUGUGCAUUGGAACCGGCAUGGGCGCCGCGGCCGUGUUCGAGUACCCGGGGAAGUGAGCUCCAGUGCUGACAGAACACCACCACAGCUCCCUCUCUACCUUCCCUAGGCACAGCAAGUGAUUCCCACUGAAAUCCAGUGGGGUCUGGGAUUUGUUACUAGAUCUACCAAUUUUAGGCAGAAAUCGUGAUGUAGAAUUAAUGGUGCAGGUCUGCGAAGAAGGUGAGGAAAUGCAAAACUGGCACAUGGCUUCCUGACAUAAGAAAUUAAUUCAGCUGAAAUUCAACUACAGGCUCUGGUGUGCUGAUUAUGAAUGAAUAUUUUUAAUUUAAUUGAUCUUGUUAUUCUGUGAAUAUUACCAUAGGGAAAUAGUUCAUGGGACAGUAUUUUUGUAUGACAAAAAGAUCACUCAAAAUUAAGAAAUCAGUCCACAUACAAAGACUUUUCCAGCAUUUCCUUAAAAGGUUUCACCAUUUUGUAAGCAGUUUAAAAGAGCUUGUUUUGAAGCAAAGACUUGACAUCCUUGCCUUUACAAUGGCAUCUGCCCCGUGCCCAGUCAGAAGUUGUCUGUGUCUUAAAUUGCCCCUACACUGGAGGGUGGGCUGGAGCUCGCUGCUGGUAGAGCUGCUCUGAAGUCUCCAGUGGGGGAAAGGGGAAGGACUGGAACAUAAUUUCCACAGGAAAUGUCUGAAUGUAGAGGUUUUGUUGAAUUGCUAGAAGCCAGGAUUUGGAUGUGGCCAUUCCUUCUUUUACAAUACAUGUCUCAGUAUCAGUUUGUGUGACUCCAAGGACAAUCGUGUGCCUAAUCGUAUUUACUUACCUAAAAUAAAGCAAAUUGCAGCAUUGUAUUUACUGCAAGCACUACAUGAGCAUCAGUGACAGCUCAGUGCUUCAGUGCUAACACUAAACAUGUUCCAUCUUGCCUUUUGUCAUCCCUUAUUUCUUCUCUUGUCUGAGCAGGAAGAUCACUGAAACUCAGCUUGAAAAAGAAUUGUACUCAUUGCUGCUUUAAAUUUGUAACAAACUGAAGGUUUUUGUCCUGACUUUUGUUUUUGCACUUAAUAAUACAAUUGGGUUCUUGCAAUA